AUGGAUGGUGUUAAGUUCAUUUUAUUAAGUGUUUUGUUCCUUACGCCUGCUACUUCUGAAAGAUGCCCUCCAAUUUUUGGCGAUUAUGAAUGUCCCCAACUAUUCGAAUGCAAGGAAGGGCAAUGUAUUGAUAAAGAUUUGACUCCUUCAACUGCAUGCUCUUCAGAUGUAAUCUGCCCUUCAGGAACAGUCUGCGCUGAAGGAAGAUGCUAUUCACAGAAUGUUAUCAAAUGUAAUAGGCAUGUCCUAGUGGCUGAAGGCAAAGCGAAAAGUUUAGUGUCUGACUGUGGUGUCAAAGGGAAAUGUGUUAAUGGACAGUGUGUACUUGAUAGGUGCAAAGAUGUUUUAUGCGAGGAUGGAGAAAUAUGUAGGGAUGGUAUGUGUAUCAAAAUUUUAGACAACUUCUGCAUUGGGCAUGCGGAAUGUGGACCAAGCCUUGAUUGCCUGAACAACAAAUGUCAAUUAAAAAAGGCAGAAGCGAUUUGUAAUUGCCAGCCAUAUGAAAUUUGUCACCAUGGACAAUGCUUCGCAAACAAUCAAUGUUUAUCUGUUUUUUGUGAGCCUGGAACGUAUUGCGUAGAAGGACAAUGUGUUAACGCUGUUGGGUCAGAUUGCUCAGAAGAAAGUUGUCACGGUGGUGCUGUAUGCAUAAACAACGUGUGUGCUCAUGACCCAUGUAAAAGCAGUUGCCCAGCUGAACAGGAUUGUCGCUUAGGCCAAUGCCGGUACAUGGAAGGUAUAGCCUGCCAAUCUGAAUGCAAGGGACCUUAUGAAUGCAUCGAUGGUCGUUGCCGCCGUAAUGAUUGUUCCAAAAAAGUUUGUCAAUUGGGAGAAGCCUGUGAAAACGGAUCCUGUGUGAGAGUAGUUGGACGGUUCUGUACGUUUGCUGCACGCGAUUGUGGUCAUGCGUUCGCUUGUAUUGAGAACAAAUGCGUCGAUUUAUUGAAGGCAAUUGAAUGA